AUGAAGCGCAAAACAGAAGAGGCACACCAAUCCAAUGGCCGCCAUGAGGCCAAAAAACGGGCGCUCUCCGACGACGUGGCGAUAUCGCGCUUUCGUGAGGGUCUGUUUGAUACGGCAGAACUAGAGAAGUAUACCAAGAGCUAUGCUGCCUCAGGACCUUACAAGCAUGGCGUUAUAUCCCCUCUAAUUGCACCAGACCUCCUCCGCUCCGUGCGUAACGAGAUUGAACAGAAUCUCUCCUUCACCGAGAAGGAAACCGACAUCUACAAAAUCUUCCAGUCUGGCGAUUUGGCGAAUUUGGAUGGCUUGGACGAUGAGUCACUGUCGCUUUUGCCGUCCCUCCUGCAAUUGCGCGAUGCUCUAUAUUCUGCAAAAUUCCGCGCAUACCUAUCCUCGUUGACUGGCUCUGGUCCACUAAGCGGCAAGAAAACGGAUAUGGCUAUCAAUGUUUAUACGGAAGGCUGUCAUUUACUUUGCCAUGACGAUGUGAUUGGCAGUCGCCGUGUAAGCUAUAUUCUUUACCUGACGGAUCCUGAUACACCGUGGCAGGCAGAAUGGGGUGGUGCAUUGCGCUUGUACCCCACGACAACGGUCAAGGGCGACAAUGGGGAAGAUAUCAAGAUUCCCAGUCCAGACUUUACGUUAUCGAUCCCACCGGCUUUCAAUCAACUCAGCUUCUUCACCGUUCAGCCGGGCGAGAGCUUCCAUGAUGUUGAGGAAGUCUAUCACCCAUCGGAAGAAGAUAAAGGGAAACAGAAACGGGUACGGAUGGCAAUUAGCGGGUGGUUCCACAUUCCACAAGAAGGCGAGGAAGGAUAUGAGCCCGGCUUGGAAGAGAAGUUGGCGGAACGAAGCAGUUUAUCUCAAUUGCAGGGUAGAAGCGGCGAUGCGUAUGAUCAACCACAGCCGCAACCUGUCGACUGGGAUGCGGAACCAGCUACAUCUGAUAAAGGCAAAGGCAAAGGAAAAGGCAAACAAGCCGCACAGGCUGAGGAAGGCGAAGAGCUUACGGAGGCCGAUUUGGACUUUUUGUUGAAGUUCCUUGCACCUUCGUAUUUGACCCCGGAUAUCGCCGAUGAACUUUCAGAGGCAUUCUUGAACGAUUCUUCACUGAGUCUUGAGAAGGUUCUAUCCGAAAAGUUUGCAACUAGAGUACGAGAAUAUAUCGAGAAGCACGAUAAAGAGGAACUGCCAAGCUCCUCAGAUGCGAUUGAAUCGAGCACAAACUGGAAAGUGGCUCGUCCGCCCCAUAAACAUCGCUACCUCUUCCAACAACCACAGGAUUGCAAAGAUUCGGAGGCCAAUCCGAUUGAAGAACUUCUGACUAAAUACUUACCUUCUCAACCGUUCCGAAAAUGGCUUGCUUUGGUGACAGGUGCAGAGCGUCUCACGGAUUAUAACAUGUUAGUCCGCAGAUUCCGUCGCGGUCAAGAUUAUACAUUAGCCAAUAGUUACGAGGGAGACGAGCCGCGAUUAGAAUUUACGCUCGGCCUUACUCCAAGCUCUGGCUGGGAGAAGGCGGAUGAUGACGAGGAUGAGGAAGACGAAGAAGAAGGGAAAGAGAAUGGGAAUAAUGGUGAUACGAAAAUGAAAGAUACAAACGGAUCGGAUAGCAAAAAGGAUGAAGAACCUUCUGUAGGUGGUUAUGAGAUUUACAUGGCUGGUGAUGACGACGAGGCAGGUGAUGCAGCCAUUUACAAAGCGGCCCAUGGCGACGACGACGGCAUUCUGUUCAGUAUGGCCGCGGGCUGGAAUCGUAUGAGUAUUGUUCUGAGGGAUAGCGGUACGCUCAAGUUUGUCAAGUACGUCAGCGCUGCUGCACAGGGAGAUCGAUGGGAUAUCACUGGCGAGGUUGGUGUUGUUUUUGGUGAUGGUGAUGAUGAUGAGGAGGAGGAGGAGGAGGAGGAGGGAGAGGGAGAUGAGGACGAAGAGUAG